AUGGCUGUGAAGAGCGUUACUUUCUUUGCAUCCCAUGAAUGUGAUGCACGACUUAGCAUCAAAGUCAUCAAUUUAGAAGGUAGUAACAGUUUAUUAAAGCAAUCACAGAAAUACACAGAGCCAGAGCUUUCAAAAAGAGCAUCAAAUGUUAUCCCUAACAGUGACAUGUUUGCCUCACUACAAAUUUACGACAAAGAAAGUGGAAGAGAUCUCACAAUACCUAUCUGUACAAAAUAUGUUCCCUUUAAGAAUGGCAGGGUAUGGGAACAGUGGCUGACAUUGCCGGUAAAAAUACAUCAGUUAAACAUGUCAUCGAUGCUACGAAUAAAAUUAUGGGAAUUUAACGGUGAUACUAAGAUAUUAUUUGGUCUUAUGGAAACUCCCCUUUUCCGUUCAGAAGACUCGACUUUGAAGCGUGGUAAGGAGGUAUUCAAAUUUAUAAAGGACUCAAGUGAAUAUGCAAGUCCAUAUAACGAUGAACAUAUCAAACUCAUUAAUGAUUAUGAUACUGGUGAACUUAAAACUUCUCAAUGGCUUAACUCACCCGUUUUAGAAGCACUACAAGAAAAAUUAAACAAAGGUAAGUUACCUAUAGGGACAUUUAAGUUCACUAUUGAGCAUGCGGUAACUCAAAUACCUAUAGUAUAUACUUCUAGCGAAGUCGCAAACCCUCAAAUUAAUAUCCCAACAUUUCAUAAUUUGGAGAGGAGUGAUAUUAAUGAAACUUCCGGUAAGACUGAAACGGAAAUCAAAAUCUCUUUGGGCAACUCCCAUGAUUCAACGCUAUUCUUUUACGACCCCGAUCAAUACAAUACCGACUUAGUGGAAGAGAAAUUCAGAAGAUUGGAGCGUUCAUCAAGAGAAACAGACAUAGAAAAAUACAUUAAACCAGAUGCAAAGAAAAGAGAUUUGUUGAAUGCUAUAAUAGCGAGUCCGCCUGGUACUAAAUUGAAUGGACAUGAAAAAGGGUUGAUAUGGAAGUAUAGGUAUUAUCUAUCGAACAAUAAAAAGGCUCUGACAAAACUUUUACAAAGUACUAAUCUUUCAGAAGAAUCAGAAAUCAAGGAAGUUCUCGAUCUUAUGGAUAUUUGGGCCGAAAUAGACCUUGAUGAUACGAUAGAAUUGUUAGGUUCGCAAUAUACUAAUCUUUCAGUUCGUUCAUAUGCAGUGAACAGAUUAAGGAAAGCAUCUGAUAAAGAACUUGAACUCUAUUUGUUACAAUUAGUACAGUCAGUAUGUUUUGAAUGUACGUCAACAUUAUCAGAUAAAUCCAGUAGUGAAUUCACAAUUGUUGAUAUAGAUAGAUCCAAAAAUGAACAAGACCAUCUAGAAGGUAACUCUGGAGCUAUUUCCGAUACGUCUCAGUUUUUAGCUGAUACUUUUGACAAAAACUCGAUUAUGAUAUCCCCGUUAGCUGAGUUUUUAAUUAGGCGGGCCAUUAAAAACUUCAGGUUAGGAAAUUUUUUCUAUUGGUUCUUGAGAUCGGAGUCAGAAAGAAACACUUUUUUGGUUCAUAUUCUGGAGAGCUUUAGAAGUAGACUAUCUGAAAGGUCAAGUAAAAUCAUAGACGAUCAGAUUACCUUAGUUGAUAUGCUACAUCAAUUUUGUGAAGAAAUCAAGCAAAGUAAAGAAACAACUGCAAAAAAACAAGAACUUCUUCUUCAUCUGAUUUCUUCUCGUAUGAAACCACUUUUCAGAAAUAAAUCGAUCACGUUGCCGCUAGAUCCUGAUGUUAUUGCUGUAGAUGUUAUACCUUCUUCAUGCAAAGUUUUCAAAAGUUCGCUGUCUCCCUUAAAAAUUACAUUUUUAACGACAAAGGGUACUCAAUACUCUUUGAUGUUUAAAGUUGGGGAUGAUUUAAUCCAGGAUCAAUUGGUUGUCCAAAUUAUCAAGCUCAUGGACCAGUUAUUAAAGAACGAAAACGUCGAUUUGAAGCUUACACCAUAUAAUAUCUUAGCCACAGGUAAAAAUGAAGGCGCUAUUGAGUUUAUACCCAAUGAAACAAUGAGCAGUAUCUUAAGUGUACAUCAUGGUAUAUUGAAAUACUUACAAAAAACGUACCCAUCUGAAACGGAAGUUGAUGGAGUAGAACCAUGGGUGAUGGACAAUUUUGUGAAAUCGUGUGCUGGGUAUUGCGUAAUUACUUAUAUUUUAGGUGUUGGUGACAGACACCUUGAUAAUUUACUAAUUCAACCAGACGGUAAAUUUUUCCAUGCGGAUUUCGGUUAUAUACUAGGAUACGAUCCAAAACCAUUUCCUCCUUUAAUGAAACUUCCUCCUCAAAUCAUCGAAGCUUUCGGGGGUACAGACUCCGCAAACUAUGACAAAUUCAGGUCAUAUUGCUUUGUUGCUUACUCUAUUCUUCGGAGGAACGCAGGUCUCAUAAUUAAUUUGUUUGAGUUGAUGAAGACUUCUGAUGUUCCUAAUAUAAAAAUGGACCCGGACGGUGCUGUUUUAAAGGUCAUAGAAAAGUUCGCGUUUGACCUUUCAGAGGAGGACGCUACCAUACACUUCCAGAACCUAAUCACUAGUAGUGUCAACGCAUUGAUACCUCUAGUUAUAGAUCAUUUGCAUAACCUAGCUCAAUAUUGGAGAGUAUAG